UCAUCGUUAGAGCGGCCACUAGAGUAUCUGGCCAAGAUAAUGGAGAAUCUGUGCCAUCAAGCUCGGUUCGAGGUGUGGAGAGAAGAGAAGAUAACAGAGGACGGGUAGAGAGAGUGCCACAGUCUGACUGCAAGCAUCGAUAGGAAGAGCGCCAUAUUUCCAUCAUUUCCAAUGAAUUAUCAUCACAUUCCUUCGACUGCCAACUGACAACCUGAUUUGAGGGUCUCUAUCGGAACACAGGGACUUCUUCCUUACGGGCUGUGGUCGGGACUACUUCACACUGCCAGGUAGAUCACCUUAAAGCCAUGGCGCAGACAAACAGUUACGACCAGAGCAGCAAUGGAGUGGCUGAUGAACCCCCCAACAUGCUGGUGUACAGAAAGAUGGAAGAGGUCAUAGCUCAUAUGCAAGAUGAGAAAAAUGGAAUUCCUAUCCGCACAGUCAAGAGUUUUUUAUCUAAGAUCCCAAGUGUUUUUUCAGGUUCUGAAAUUGUACAGUGGAUGAUUAAAAACCUAAAUAUUGAUGAUCAAGUAGAGGCGCUCCACCUUGGAACUCUGAUGGCAGCCCACGGCUACUUCUUCCCCAUCUCAGACCAUGUGCUCACUCUGAAGGACGAUGGAACCUUCUACAGGUUUCAGACUCCCUAUUUCUGGCCAUCCAACUGUUGGGAACCUGAGAACACAGACUAUGGUGAGUACAGCAGACAAUGACCUAAAUCACCUAAUUGUCACACACACACACACACUGAAACACAUUAAACCACUGU